UCCCCUGCCGUGCCCAGGGCGGCCGCGGCUGCCCUCAGGUGCGGCGCGCUCGCGCGGCGGCGGGCGGUGCGUGCCCGGCGGGCUCUGUGGGCAGCGAUCCUGCGCGGAACGCGGCGGCCGCCCCUCGGCAGCGGCGUGGAGGGACGGCGCCUGCUCCUGAGUCAGCAGCGGCGAGGAGGAGGUGGCGGCGCCUCCCGCCCUGCCCAGCCCAGCCCAGCCCGCCCCGGCUCCCAGCACCCGCGGAAGGGAGCGAGGAGGGGCGGCGGGGCUGCGCCGGCUCCUGCCCUGCGCUAGUUGGAGACUGCUCCUCAGCCACACAAUUUGAGAGCUGUUUGUUUCAUGUAUCUUUGCUUGAUGGCCACAACAGGGCACUAAACAAUAUUAGAAAAAAAACCCAGCAUUAAGACCUAUAAUUCUCACACAACUGGCUGGAAAAGUGGUUGUCACUGCCUUCCUGGUGCAGCAUGGCAUUUGGACCUGGUGUACUCUGCCUGUUCCUAUGGACAAUAACAGAUAAUGAGAAGACUGACUUAAUAUAGGAAAGAAAGGCUUGAUACUCCAUCAUUGAGAGAAGAGAGAAACAGCCUCACUGAUGAAUAAUGUUGGAAGGAUAUUGAAAAAUAUGCUCUGGAUCAUUAAAAGAAAUUGAGGUUCCAGUUGUGAGCAGUGCAGAGAAGGAGCCACAUAUUCAGGUGCAGUAAUAUCUCCCAACUUAGAAACCACUAAAAUCAUGCGAGUUCCUCACGCUUUGUCAGUGUCCGACUGCAUCGCAGCGUGUUGUGACCUCUCUGGUUGUGACUUGUCCUGGAUGUUUGAACGGCGCUGUUACAUCGUGAACUGCCAACACAAGGACAAUUGUGAACCUAAAAAAAUUGAAACUGUCAAGUCCUACCUUACCUUUGUGCUGAGGUCUUCUCAGAGGCCAGCUUCACUGCUAGGGUUUGGGCAAGUGAUCCCAAGCAUGGUCCAUUCUGUAGGACUCCAAAAUGAACCAUCAGAGGAAGUAAGUAGCCUGAAGAAGCUGUCUCUGCUUGGCAAAGAUCCCAGCCUUGAGGAGAUACCUGAAUACAUUGAUGACUAUAAAGAGUUGGAGCAGGACCCCUUUCAGGUGGGCAUCAAACACGAGCAGAAGGACAGUAUGGAUUAUGCUGACUGGGGCCUGAUAGUGGCAGGUGAAAAUGGCUUCAACGCUUCCACGGGUGAUGAUGGAGAUAACCAGGAAGAUUUUGCUGAAAAGAAAGGAGAGGCUGGGAAGGUGGAAAGCCUUCUGAAUAAAAACAGCUCUGAACUAACUUCUGUCAAUGAACACUCCACAGAGAGGUCGUCCCUUCCAGAGAUUACACCGCUCCCUGGGAAGACAUUCGAAAGGGAAGCAGCUGUUCCACUCCUUGCACAACCUGAGGAUGCUUUGCAAAAAGAGGUUGCUACACCUUUCUCUUCUUCAGAUAAACCAGAUUUCUCUUCAGGUGUGUCAGAGAAAACCCAGACUCCCACAGUGGUCCCAGAGAAUGCCACUGAAGGUGGGAUCAUGCUACUUCCCACUAAUACUGCAACAUCUGAGCCCAUGCAGCUGUUCACACCACCUGCUACUGCUGCUAAAACAGUUAAAGAACUUUCUGUGUCUGCUGGAGAUAACAUACAAGUGAUGUUACCCAAAAAUGAAGUUGAACUGAAUGCCUUUGCUGUCCCACCACCAUCUACAGAAACAGCCUACACCUAUGAGUGGAGCUUAAUCAGUCACCCUGCUGACUAUAGUGGGGAAGUGGAGCGCAGGCACAGCCAGACUUUGAAGCUCUCUCAUUUAUCAGUGGGACUUUAUGCCUUCAAAGUGACAGUUUCUGGUGAAAAUGCCUUUGGUGAAGGUUUUGUAAAUGUCACAGUCAAACCAGCAGUCAGAAUUAACCAGCCACCUGUUGCUGUUGCUUCACCCAAAGUGCAAGAAGUUUCCUUGCCUACAAGUUCUACCUUCAUUGAUGGCAGUCAAAGCAUAGAUGAUGUGAAGAUAGUGAGUUACCACUGGGAGGAAAUUAAAGGUCCCCUGCGAGAGCAGAAGGCAUCUGCUGACACACCUGUCUUGCACUUGUCUAACCUUGUUCCUGGAAACUACACCUUCAGACUCACAGUGAUUGAUUCAGAUGGAGCAGCCAACUCCACCAUUGCAUCUCUGACUGUCAACAAACCAGUGGAUUACCCACCUAUUGCUAAUGCAGGACCAAAUCAGGCAGUCACUUUGCCCCAGAACUUCAUCACACUGAAUGGAAACCAGAGCAGUGAUGACCAUGAAAUUGUCAGCUAUGAGUGGUCACUUAGUCCCAAAAGCAAAGGCAAGGUUGUAGCAAUGCAGGGAGUGCGCACGCCGUACCUGCAGCUCUCUGCAAUGCAGGAAGGAGAUUACACGUUCCAGCUGACUGUGACAGACUCUGCGCGGCAGCGCUCCACAGCCGAGGUGACACUGAUUGUGCAGCCUGAAAAUAACAGUCCUCCAGUAGCAGUGGCUGGCCCUGACAAGGAGUUGACCUUCCCAGUAGAAAGUACUACACUGGAUGGAAGCAAAAGCCAAGAUGAUCAAGGCAUUGUCUUCUAUCACUGGGAAAAUAUCAGUGGGCCAAGCUCUGUACAGAUGGAAAACUCUGACAAGGCAAUAGCAACUGUGACUGGUCUCCAGGUUGGUACCUAUCACUUCAGGCUGACUGUGAAAGACCAGCAGGGCUUGAGCAGUGCAUCUGUGCUCUCCAUCACUGUGAAGGAAGAAAACAACAGUCCACCCCAGGCACAUGCUGGUGGGAAGCACGUUCUAGUGCUUCCAAACAACUCUGUUACCUUGGAUGGCUCAGGGUCUGCUGAUGACCAGGGGAUUGUGUCAUAUUUGUGGAUUCGGGAUGGUCAAAGCCCAGCAGCUGGGGAUGUGAUCCAUGGCUCAGACCACGAGGCAGUACUGCAGCUAACUAAUCUUGUGGAAGGAACCUAUAUUUUCCACUUGAAAGUCACAGAUGCUAAGGGAGACUCGGAUGUUGAUUCAGCAACUGUUGAAGUGCGGCCUGAUCCCAGAAGGAGUGGUCUGGUGGAGCUGAUCCUGCAGGUUGGAGUGGGACAGCUGAGUGAGCAGCAGAAGGACACUCUGGUGAGACAGUUGGCUGUACUGCUGAAUGUUUUGGAUUCAGAUAUCAAAGUUCAGAAGAUACAAGCCUACUCAGAUAUAAGCACCGCAGUUGUGUUCUACGUGCAGAACGGGCAUCCUUCCACUGUGAUCAAGGCAUCAGAUGUCUCACGGACCCUGCAAGUGCAGCUUUUGAAACAGAAGGCUGACUUCUUGCUUUUUAAAGUCCUGCGAGUUGACACGGCUGCCUGUCUUUUGAAAUGCUCUGGACAUGGGCACUGUGACCCCAUAACAAAGCGCUGCAUUUGCUACCAGCUGUGGAUGGAAAACUUGAUUCAUCGUUAUCUAAAUGAUGGAGAGAGUAAUUGUGAGUGGAGUAUACUCUAUGUGACUGUAUCUGUUUUUAUAUUGAUUGUGGUCAUGGUAGGGUUUGCCUGGUUCUGCAUCUGCUGCUGUAAAAGCAGGAAGAGGACAAAGAUAAGAAAGAAAACAAAGUACACCAUCCUAGAUAACAUAGAUGAACAGGAGAGAAUGGAGCUACGGCCCAAAUAUGGUAUAAAACACAGAAGUACAGAACACAACUCCAGUCUGAUGGUCUCUGAGUCAGAGUUUGACAGUGAUCAGGACACUAUCUUCAGCAGAGAAAAGAUUGAAAGAGAGAAUUCUAGAACACUUAUAAAUGGGUCCAUCAGAAAUGGAAUCUCCUUCAACUACAGCUCCAAAGACAGAUAACUGAAUGAGGGUAAAAGCACAGAACACACUGGUGUGACACAUCUGAAACAUGCUGGCCCACUUCUGUUUUUCCAGAACCAAAAUCUUCCUAAAAUAUCAACUAAUUGCAGAUUAAAGGGUAAAUUUUUAGCACAGGUAGGGGAAGGCAGAAGGAGGGAGAAAGAAUUAGAUGGUCAGCUAACUCCUCUUGUCACCAUUAUAGGAACAAGAAAAAGCACAUCUUAUUUCUUGCAUGUUCUGUGCUGAAUGUUUGAACUUCAAAAGGCCUUUUUUUCUAUAUCACUGCUACAAAACUAGCCAGGGCUGUUCUGCUACCAACUGUGGUAACUAACAAUGGCAUACAGAUUCAUAUGUGCUCCUAAUGCUCUCUUUGAGAAGUGGUGUGGUUUACAACAGCAAAAGCCAAUAGAGACGAAGUUCCUUACAAUUACAGAGAGCAUUAUGUGGCCACAGGCUCCAUCUUAAUUUUUAGUUUAGGAUGGAAGCACAAAGGGCAUUUUUAGUGCACUGUCUUUAUCCAUCUGUACUUUGGGACUUCCUUUUCUAGGGUAGUGUUCACUGGGUGAAAACAUUCUUGUUUUCAGAGGAAGUUAACAACUGGAGCAGUUGCACUGGAUCAGCUGUAAUGUAACAUAGUAUAUCUGUGUCCUGUAGGAUGCAACAUCCCUGUAUUCACAGGAGGUGUGGUGUCUGCAGGGAAAUCCAGCCUUAGGUUGCUUCUGUAAUGAUCCAAUUGCUUUGGCUCUGCCAUGUCCAUCCAGGACACUGUAGCAGGAAGGACUUGGUGCGAUGCACCUUGAGAAGCAUUUUGAGCAUCCCAAACAACCUUUUUAGAUCACUUUGAGAAGCUCUGGAUCUUUUAAGACUGAAUGCUCAGCUGAGGUGAGUUUUCAUCUGUCAGCAUCAAGUGCUCAGUUAAAGAAUGUGCUGGGUGCUUGUGCAGUGAAAUGUUUGGGGCAAGUACCCUGUGUGGAGCAGGAGGUCAUUGUACUUUCAUUGCCGUGGUAAUGGGUAUUGAGCAAUGUUUUAGCUUGAACAUGAGGUUGUGUGACUUUUUUCCUCUCUGGCUACUGAGUGACUGGAUGUAUUGGCCUAAAGAGAUACUUUUUUGGUCUUUGUCAGAUCUGCAAUACAUCUACCCUUGCCAUUCUUGUUCACAGUCUGGGUAAUUUUUUCACAGUCUGCUUGUUAGGCUUUGAAAUAAUUUCCCUAGUACUGCUUUUGAAAUCCCUAACUGAAGACUUGACUUUUAUACACAGGCCUCGCUUGUGGGAGCAUCUGUAUCAGUGCUACUGUUUAGCCAUGACAUCAGCUUUUCCUGGGGGUCCUCUAUGGAUGUACUGAAGUCUAGGGCUGAGAUGGAGGAAGAUGUGUUUCGAUAGAGAAAGCAUUCCUCUGGGAGCAUUUUUGAAGAGGUUUUUUUUUGUUUCUUUUUUUUAAUGUUUUGGAGGUUUGUUUUGUUUGGGGUUUUUUGGUUUGUUU